AUGCGAUGUGUAAUUGUACCGGUUGGAGGCGCAGGAUCUGGUAAAUCUACUCUGGUGCGGCACAUUAUUAAUACUAAUCUCCAACGUGAAGGACCACCGAUAUACUUACUUGAUACCGAUGUUGGUCAGAGUGAAUUCACUCCCGCUGGUUGCUUGUCUCUCUGGAAAAUAUCCGAUGCUAUACUCGAUGUUCCAUGCACGCAUCAAGCUCGAAUCUACCCAUGUUGCUACUUCUUUGGUAAUAUAACUCCGGCUGACGAUGAUGAAAGAUAUAAGGUAGUCUCCAGUUAUUGCUGUUUAUCACUCAAAAAUUCGUACAUAAAUUUCAGCACAAAAAAAAUCAACAAGUAA